AUUUCAUAGUCUUGGAGCUUCGUUUUAUAGGGGAGCUGAUUGCUGUGUUCUUGUGUAUGAUGUGAAUGUGAGCAAAUCAUUUGAAACACUUCAGAACUGGCAUGAAGAGUUUCUCAAACAGGCUGAUCUGACUGACCCCGAGGCAUUUCCCUUCGUAUUACUUGGAAACAAAAUCGAUGUAGAUGGUGGAAACAGCCGUGCGGUUUCUGAGAAGAAGGCUAGAGAGUGGUGUGCUUCAAAGGGAAACAUACCCUACUUUGAGACAUCUGCGAAAGAGGAUUAUAAUGUCGACGAAGCGUUUCUAUGCAUUGCGAAAACAGGAAUGAUCAAUGAACAUGAACAAGAGAUUUACUUCCAAGGUAUUUCAGAAACUGUUUCAGAAGCAGAGCAAAGAAGAAGCUGUGCAUGCUAAGGAUGGGAUAUGUAUAUCCCUACUAAUUUAAAUAUGAAUAUGUAAAUUCUUUCAUAUAUAUUUUUUUUCGUUCUUUUGAAGGUGGAAGAAAGUGUGUUAUAUUUUACCAUUUUCAUGUGUUGUACCAUUCAUCAUAUACCAUUGUAAGUUGUUUACCUUUUAGCUCUUGAAAGCAAGUGAUUAACAUUUUCA